AUGGCUAGUCGGAAGAAGCCUUUAUCGGAGCAGCUAGCGGAGCUGCUAACCCCCGCGCCCACCGCGGGCCACGAGGAUCCUGAAGACGCGCAGGGGUUCGGCGCAGAGGCGCGCGCGAUCUUCGGCGGAGACGAGUCGGCGGAGGCGGGGGAAGGAUGGGGCGCGGCGGAAGCCGGGGUCGUGCGCCUGGGGGAGGCUGGCGCAGGGCGGAAGCGCGGAGAACGCGGGACCGCGGCGAAGGAGAAGGGGCUGAGUUUGCGGGGGAAUCUGGUAAUGGAGGGGCGGGAAUAUGGCGGGAAUAAGAGCAGCAGAUCGGCUCUAUUUGAUGGGUGGGCGGAUGACGUGGAGGAUGACGUGGCGGAUGAUGAUGAUGACGCGGAGGAUGACGACGUGGAGGAUGAUGUGGAUGAGAGAAUGCAGAAGGGAGGUGAUGCGGGGAGGGAUGACGAUCAGGAGGGGGAGGAAUGGAAUGAGGAGGAGGAGGGGGAGGACAGCCCAGUCGAGGAUGAGGAUAACGAGGAUGGCACUAGCGAGGAUGAUUAUAGCGAGGAUGUCGAGGAGGAGGCGCUACAAGGGAGCGAGGAAGAGCUGGAGGGCGACGCGCUGCUGACGGCGGCGCCCGCCACGAUGGACCUUGGGAUGGACGCGCUCGAUCGAGACUUCGAGGCCGCCCUAAAAGACGAGUUUCGACCAGCUGCUACAGUUGCCGGGCGGGAUGUUAACGAUAGUGACGAGGACGAUGUUGACGAGGAUGGAGAGCGGGUAGGUCAGCGGGGGAGCGGCGGUGACGGCGGCGAAGGUGGCGGCGCGCCGGUGGCGAUAGCGAGAAGUGCAUUUAAAGGGGCGGUUCGUGACGAGGAUAAGGGCCGCGCGGUAGCCGCGCAACGCGCGCUGUGGGACCGCGCCCUGGAGCUCCGCAUAGCGCUGCAGCGCCCGCUGCAGUCCGCGUGCCGCCUCCCCCACGCCCUCGCGCAUGCCGCCUACGCGGCUGUAGCGCCGGACGUGGCAGCGGAGUUCCAGGCUGUAGCGGCCGGCACGCGGACGGCAAUCCGGCAGCUGCUGACGUUGCAGGACGAGCUGUUCAGCCGGAACGCUGCAAUUGACGGCGCGUUCAAAGCCGCGCGGGCGGCGCUGGCGGAAGGCGGAGGCGGAGACGGGGAAGGGUCGGGAAGACAAGAACAAGGAGGGGAAGGAGGUUUAGGGUUUAACCAGGGUUCUAUAGACGAUGGGAGCUUCGAGGAGGUCUGGGAGCAGAUCUCAAGGGCGUACGAACGGUUCCGACCCUUCUCCCAGAGCUCCAUAGACAGGUGGCAUCGGAAGACCCUGCUGACGUCAGGGGCCAUGGCAGCUGGUCGCAGCAGCAGCCGACUGAGAGUGCUCAACCAGAGCGUCUCCCAGCAGGUCGCCUCUGCCCUCCGCGCCCCCGAUCGCCUCAUCCAACGGUCCAGAUUGCCCCGCGAGGCCGUCAGUGUGAUCGGAGCAAAAGCGGAAGCUCUUGCUGCUGCCGGUGGUGCUGGGAAGAAGCGGAAGGGGCCGGACGGUGUAGGUGGGGGGGACGAGGGAGUGGGAACGGUUGGGGGAGAGGAGAGUGGAAUGAGGGAAUUAAAUGGUGUUAUUCAGGAAGAGCAGGGUGAACAGAAGGAGGGGGAAGAAAAGGAGCCGGCGGAGGAAGGGGAGGAGAAUGAGAGGAAGGAGGAGGAGGAGCAGGAAGGCGAGUGGGACAUGGACUCAUACGAUGACACAGAGUUUUACCAGCAGCUCCUACGUGAAUUCCUCGACUCAUCCCACCUGGAAGAGCUCGGCAUUGCCUCCCAGCAGGUGGUGCGGCGGCUGCGGGGCAGCAAGGGCAAGGCGGUGGACAGGAGGGCGUCCAAGGGGCGCAAGGAGCUGGGCAUAGCAUCCCGGCGGCUGAGGGGCAGCAGGGGCAUGGCGGUGGGCAGCAAGAGCAAGGCGGUGGACAGGAGGGCAUCCAAGGGCCGCAAGGUGCGGUAUGCACCGAUGCCGGCUCUCGUGAAUUUCAUGGCCCCGGGACCCGUUCAGCUGCCGCCCGUUGUGGAAAGUUUGUUUGAGAACCUCUUCGGCCAGGUGCAGGGGAAGGAGGUGGUUUUGUUGUGGGAGUGCAGUAGAGCCGAUGGCGAUAGUUGA